AUGGCCACUUUGGCCCUCAGCGUCUACGCUGCUCCCGCUCCUAUGAUCACUGGUGCCCCCUCUCUGUCUCGCCGACAGGAAGGUGGUGCUGCAGGUGGUAGCAGUGUUCUCGACGCUCCCAUGACCAUUGCUGCUGGCGAGUCUUUUGAUGGCGGUAACGCUGUCUUCGAUCGCGGUGUCUCCUGCACCGGCCAGGAAGAGGGUGGUGAUUCCGACGCUGUCUUCAUUCUUGAGAAAGGCGCUACUCUUUCCAACGUUCGCAUCGGUCCUAACCAGAUCGAGGGUGUUCACUGCAACGGUGGCUGCACUCUUAACAAUGUUGUCUGGGACGCCGUCUGCGAAGACGCUUUCAGCAUCAAGAAGCAGGAAGAUGGUGAGACCACCACUAUAAACGGCGGUGGUGCCAAGGGAGCCGAGGACAAGGUGAUCCAGCACAACGGUGGUGGAACUGUUAUCAUUAAGGACUUUGAGGUCUCUGACUUUGGCAAGCUUUACCGCAGCUGCGGUAACUGCAAGUCUAUGCCUGCUCGUCACGUUGAGAUCUCUGGUGGCUCUGCCAGCAACGGAAAGAUUCUUGUGGGUAUCAACCCCAACAUGGGUGACACUGCCAAGAUUUCCGGUAUCCAAGUCACCAAUGUUCCCAAGCAAUGCAUCACCUUUGAAGGUGUUACCGAUGGAAGUGAGCCUAAGGAGGUUGGCACUUGCGAUGGUGCUGGCUCUGACUCUGGCUCUGGCGGCUCUAGCGAGGCUCCUGCUACUCCUACCACCUCCGCCGGAGGCUCCGAGACCCCUAUUGCAUCUGAGGUUGCCGACCCUGUCCAGUCCUCCGUCGAUGGCGACUCUGGUGACGACAACGACUCUGAUGACAACCAAUCCGGCGAUGACUCAAACAACGACGACUCAAAUGAUGAGAACAAAGAUGAGGACAAGGAGGACAAGGAGGACAAGGAGAAAGAUUCCGGCAGCAACAACGGUGAGCAAGAUCUCGGCAACGAGAGCCAGGAUGGUUCCAACGGCCAGCAGCCAUCUCAACCUCCUCAGUUUGAUGCCCCCCCUCAAUUUGGUGGUCGUCCCCAGUUCGGCGGCUUCCAAAAGUAG